AUCUUCUACUCUAACAACUUUCAUCUCUCUCUUAAACGCGACUCUCAAUAAUCAUACAGAAGCAGACUGAGAAAUGGCGGCGAGAACAGCUUUGCUGAAGUACUUGAGAGUUAAUGUACACUCCGUACCUCAAAACCCUAACCCUAAUACCAGUGGCCUAUUCUCACUCUCAUUCAACGCGAUACUACGUCGUUUCUCGGAGGAGGUCAGGGGUUCAUUCCUUGACAAAUCUGAGGUUACAGAUCGUGUUCUUAACGUCGUUAAGAAUUUCCAGAAAGUUGAUCCUUCCAAGGUUACACCAACUUCCCAUUUCAAUAAUGAUCUUGGUUUAGAUAGCUUGGACACAGUAGAGGUUGUGAUGGCUCUGGAAGAAGAGUUUGGAUUUGAGAUUCCAGAUAAUGAAGCAGACAAGAUCAGCUCCAUCAAUCUCGCAGUCGACUUCAUAUCUUCACACCCUCAAGCUAAAUAAGUAGAGACAAUGAAGCUUGAAACUUAAGUUCUGUUUUGUUCUUUCCUUCGAGAAACUAGCUUUAGUAAAACCAUCGUAUCUUAGUCCAAUUUUUUUAUUUGAACAAAAUGUUUUAUUACCAUGGUUUUGUCCAUUACUGAAUUCUGAUUGAAGAGUAUUGUUUUUGGCAUUUGGGACUGAAAUUGUGCCCCUUCGAUUGAAGCGAUUUGUAAUGUUCCAGUGAGCAAAAACUAUUGCCUGGCGCUAGUUCAUUGCCGGCAUAAACUUAUAAUUUACAUUACUGGAAAUCUCAUUAGAAGAUUAUGAAAAUGCUAAAUAAAAGGUCAUUUCGUUUGAAAA